UUUAAAAUUUACCAUUUUACGAAUAAUUUAAAUAUAGUAGUAAUUGUAAUUUCGUCCUGAUGGCUACCGCAAUGACUUCGAUGUCUCAAGUUUUAUUAGACUCGACAAAAGUAUUUCCUAAGCAAGUAACGGAAAAUUAUACGAGUUCUGUUAAUUAUAUGAAACAGUUAACAGUUGUAGCUAUAAGUACGAUAACAUUUUUGAAAAAUGCAUUCCCCGAUGACAGCUAUUCGUUGGAACAUUUCGGAGGUCUCAAAUUAAGAAUAUUGAAGAAGAACUGUACUAAUGAUUUAGCUAAUUUCUUGAGUACGGCACUUACUCAAGCCUUUGACGCGUUUGAUAAGAAAUAUUUACAGCAAUUAGCACUAUGUUUCUAUGAAGGCGAGUGUAGUACUGACAAUUUAGUAGAGUACCAUAUAUUUGAGUAUACUUAUAACAAGGACAUGGUGACCAUGAAUGUACGGUCCAAAUCUCGGGACAGUGCCCCACGCACUAAUAAGUACACCCUGGAGAACAUAAGGGAGAGUACGGUGCACCUGAUCAGGGCUUGUGUGGUGCUGAUGCAGACCAGCAACCAGAGUCUGCCCCCGGAUUAUGACGUCAGUCUACGACUCUAUUACAAUCAGGAUGCCCCUGAAGACUACCAAGCGCCAGGGUACGUUGCCGAAGGUGAAGACCAUUUAGAAGCGUCCUCGACUCUUGGAGAAGUCAUCCAGCUCGGUUGUGUGAAGACGCCGUUCCACAGCCUCACAGCUAGUUCCUUCUUCAAAGACAACCUCCGCGCCAGCCAUGAAGCUAUUCCUUCACCUAAUCCGCCAAUGAUGUCGCAGACUCAAUAUGAAGAACUUGCAAAUGUAACAUAAAGUUAAUCGACUGCAUUAUCUGCAGACACGAACGUGCCACCACUGCGGUGUCCGUGCAACAAUUACGACGGUCUCGAUGUUCGCGACACUCCGUUAAUCACUUGCAUGUACUGCAACACACAGCAGCAUGCUGUAUGUUUCGGCCUGGUGGGCGAGAAUUUGGGGCAGUCGCACCAACACUGCUGCUGCGACUGCGCAGACGACGACGCCACCAGGAACUCCACAGACCCAGGACUCACGCCGCUCUCCAUUGUGAAGAGAGAGUGUACAUGUAUGUUCCGCCGCGCGUUAUCGUGGUGCAGCAUUCUGAUGGCAAAGGAAGAGAUCAUCACUGGAUCUCAACUCGCAGCGCAGCUAGGCCUUCGGCCGCAGUUCGCGACCAAACUUGUGAAACGUUUCGCCAUCUUCGGCAUCAUCCAACAACAGCCGAGUUAUACCAUGGCAACACCAUUGAAAAUAAACGAGGAACAACUAAACUCAACUAUGGAGAAAUUCUUCCAUAACUCACCAAUCAGAAUCGUGGACCGACUUCUAGCUGAAACAUUCGGAUCUCAAGAGAGCCAACCAGACCCAGUUGGAGAAGUACUCGGCCCGAUGGAGAAGGUGAGCCUUCAGAACGCAUCCAAACUUGGCCGGGUUAUAGAUAAUCCAGGCUUGAAGCCGACAGCUACGGAAGAUUCAACCUUAUUGCAGUAUAAAGAAGCUCUAAUAUCCAACUAUGAAAGAGAAGAAGAACUGCCACUGAGUGGGUCCCAUAACCCUAUAAAAGAUAUGGACAGUCUAGGGAAAACGUCUUAUAAAAGGAAAUUGGAUGAUAAAGAAGAUAAAUCCAAGCGUAGAUCCGGGGUUAGGACAAAGAAAGCUAAAAAUAGAGUCUAAAUGUCAGAUUCUGGAUUUUUUUAUUACAUUA